CCUUUCUCUGUGUUUUCUAUCUUUAGAAAUUCUUUUUCUGGACCUUUCUUUGAUGACCUUUUGGAGUUGGUGUGAUUCUCGUGGUGCAUCUUUCUUUUUUUAUUUCGACAAGAAAAUCUUAUAUGUAUAUCUUAUGUAGUGUGACUGAUCAGACAUGUAUUGAGUACUGGAGUGAAGGGUAUUAUUUGAUGUACCCAAAAAAGUUUAUCAUUCAUUUACUUCAAUUUGAAUCAAUCAGAAAGGAUACAUAAAAUUCUUCUUCAUUUUUUUAUAUGUGUUAGUAGAUAUUUAGCUAUUUCAAGAUUCCAAGGGGACUUUGAUCAGAGCAUCAAAUCUAUGUGUAGUAUUGUGGAGAAGAUAGAGAUGAGAUUUGAUCCAGAAGAAGUGAUUGAGGAAUUUGAAGCGUUGACCAAAGAAGCUGGUAAAGUUCAAGAAGAGACACUUAAAAAAAUUCUAGAAGAGAAUGGAGGCACAGGGUAUCUACAGCAAUGGGGUCUAAAUGGAAGAACUGAUUCUGAGAGUUUCAAAGCUUGUGUUCCUCUUGUUACUCACAAAGAUUUAGAGCCUUAUAUUCAAAGAAUUGCUGAUGGGGAUCUUUCCCCUGUCCUCACUGGAAAACCCAUUACAACCAUCUCAUUAAGUUCUGGUACUACUCAGGGAAGGCCAAAGUUUGUACCUUUCAAUGAUGAAUUGAUGGAAUCCACUAUGCAGAUAUUCAAAACGUCUUUUGCAUUUAGGAACAGAGAAUUCCCAAUUGAGAAUGGGAAGGCUUUGCAGUUCAUUUACAGCAGCAAGCAGUUCAAGACAAAGGGAGGUUUGGCAGCUGGAACUGCAACUACAAACGUGUAUAGUAACGCGCAUUUCAAGAAGACAAUGAAGGCAAUGCAAACGCCAUGUUGUAGCCCUGAUGAAGUUAUAUUUGGUCCUGAUUUCCACCAAUCUUUGUACUGCCAUCUGUUGUGUGGGCUCAUUUUUCGUGACGAUGUGCAAGUUAUCUCCUCAACAUUUGCCCACAGCAUUGUCCAUGCUUUUAGAACUUUCGAACAAGUGUGGGAAGAACUUGUUUCCGACAUAAGAGAAGGAGUCCUCUCUAGUCGAGUCACGGUCCCUUCCAUGAGAUCAGCAAUGUUGAAAUUGCUAAAGCAUGAUCCAGAAAAGGCUGACACCAUUUAUAAUAAAUUUUUGGGAUUAAGCAAUUGGUACGGGUUGAUUCCCGUACUAUUCCCAAAUGCAAGGUACAUAUACGGUAUUAUGACAGGGUCCAUGGAACCUUACCUCAAGAAAUUGAGGCAUUAUGCAGGGGAAUUGCCACUACUGAGCGCAGAUUAUGGUUCUUCUGAAGGAUGGAUUGGAGCAAAUGUCAAUCCUAAGUUGCCUCCUGAGCUAGUUACUUAUGCAGUACUUCCUAAUAUUGGUUAUUUUGAAUUUAUUCCUCUGAGGGGAAAUUUAGAUGGGCUUGAGCCUACACCAGUGGGUCUUGCUGAAGUUAAACGAGGGGAAGAGUAUGAAAUUGUUGUCACCAACUUUGCAGGGUUGUAUCGUUACAGACUCGGUGAUGUUGUGAAAAUAAAAGGAUUCCACAAUGCCACACCAGAACUCCAAUUCAUUUGCCGUAGAAAUCUGUUACUAAGCAUUAACAUUGACAAGAACACUGAAAAAGAUUUACAGCUAGCUGUGGAAGCAGCAGCCAGACAUUUAGUGCGCGAAAUGCUGGAAGUAGUAGAUUUCACGAGCCACGUGAAUUUUGAAACUGAUCCGGGACACUACGUGGUUUUCUGGGAGCUCAGUGGUGAAGCAAGCGAUGAAACUUUGCAAGAAUGUUGUAAUUGUUUGGACAAAUCGUUCGUCGAUGCAGGCUACGUGGGGUCCCGAAAGGCCAAGGUAAUUGGACCACUUGAGCUUAGAGUUGUGAAGAGGGGAACUUUUCAUAAGAUAUUAGAUCAUUUUGUAGGAUUAGGGGGUGCUGUUAGCCAGUUCAAGACCCCAAGAUGUGUUGGUCAGAACAACAGCAGACUGCUACAAAUACUAUGUUAUGAUGUUGUCAAGAGCUAUUUUAGUACUGCCUACUGUUGAUGUUGAACUUGAAUACUUGUACAAAAUUGAAGAGUACUUGUAUGGAAAACAGGAAAAGUUAAUGAAGCUUAGUGGUUGAUCUCAAUGAAGCU